AUGGCAACAACGCGAGCUAGAUUUGAAUCACUUGAAGCAUCCAUGACAGAAUUACGAGAGAUGGUUCAAACAAUGUUCGAGGGAAUGGAAGAAAUGCGGACAAUUUUGAAAAGAAAAAAAGAAAGGAAGAAAGAAACAAAGGCAGACUAUCGAAACCCGUUUUCAUCUUUAGGAGAGGAUUAUGAAGAAGAAGACGAAUGGGAGGAUGAAAAUUCUGAAUCUGAUGAAAGUUCAAAAAGCAGUAAACACACCGAUCAACAUUGGAAGAAUCCUAUUCGCAUGGACUUCUCCAAGUUCAAUGGCACUGAUGACCCGCGUGUGUGGUUAAAUAGAGCGCGUCAAUACUACCGUGCCCAAGAUACUCCUCCAAAGAAAUGGGUUCAGUGGGCCUCUUAUCAUCUCGACGGUGAGGCGAAUCAGUGGUGGCAAUGGUUCAGUGCACGCCACACUCGAAUUACCUGGUCAAUGUUCGAGAAAGGCUUGCUACAAAGAUUCAGUACAGCAGAACUUGAAGAAGCUGAUGAAGCCAUUGUUAGGCUCAAACAAACCGGUAGUUUUCGUUCUUAUCUCAUUGAAUUUGAGCGAUUGGUUAAUUGUGUACCACAUUGGAAGGACAAGGUGCUACUAGGGGCCUUUAUGGCUGGAGUCCAAGACGACCUUGCUAAAGAAAUACGGUUCUUUCGACCCCAAACGUUAGAACAAGCUAUCGGAUUAGCUAGGCAUGCUGACGAGCAAGCUAAGACUCGACGAACAGGAGGCUUGCAUGUCAAAACUCAACAGAGAAUGACAAACUCUACACCAGCAGCUCAUAUGAGUUCAUCAAGCCGAUCCUCAAAUAUAGCAAAUUCAGUCCCAACAAAGCGAUUAACGUGGGCAGAGAUGCAAGCAAAACGAGAAAAAAAUGAGUGCUUCAAUUGUGAUGAGCCUUUUUCACGAGGCCACAAGUGCAGACUUGCACAAGCUUUCCUUAUUGAAAGUGGAAACGAAGAAGAAGACUCAAGCCCAAUAUAUGACGAGGAGGUCGAGAAUGGAGAACCUACAAUCUCAUUGAAUGCACUCGUGGGUGAAAGUAGAGGGAAGUCAAUGAGAAUGAUUGGCAGCAUCAAGAAUGAAACAAUUCAGUUGCUAGUCGACAGUGGGUCAAGCCUGAAUUUUAUUCACCCGCAACGUGCAGAAGAUCUUCGACUAAGUGUGGUUCAUAUUCCUCCAAUAUAUGUUCGAGUUUCCAAUGGAGACAAGAUGCCAUGUAGUCUCCGAUUCGAAGGCGUGAAUAUAACGAUUCAAGGUAUUACUUUCCAAACUACACUAUAUGGGUUAAAUGUAUGUAACCUCAACGUAGUGUUGGGAUUACCUUGGUUGGAAAGUCUUGGACCAGUGUUGACGGAUUAUCGGACCAUGACAAUGAACUUUGAGCAAGAAGGAUGUGAGCACAUCCUUAGAGGAUUUUCUCCUUCGCCAAAGGCCAAGUCCAUUGAGUGGGAUGAAUUAACCAAAGAGCCGAGUAAUGAGACAUCAGUGUUUGUGCUUAUGAAAUCUUCGGAGACAGAGACAGAGUCCGCCUUAGAGGAGGUACACACGGACAUACAAAGAAUAUUGAACCAGUUUGAUGACGUGAUGAGCGAGCCAAAGGGGCUACCCCUACCCAGAACCUACGAUCACAGAAUCACCUUUAAGGAUGAAAAUACUGUGGUUAACGUAGCGCCCUAA